ACAUACAUUUUUUACCAAUCUUAGUCGAAACGGAGUUGUAAACCAUUGGUUCGACCGUAUCUUAGUCGAACAUCUGUAAUUUUUUUUAUAUGCAGGUUCCUUCCUUGCCUCCUGUGGUGGACUGCUCGUUGUUCCCGAGCAUGAAGCUCACAGUAAGGCAAAAAUUGGAUGAAUUUAUAGAAUUAAUUUUCGACAAUCUUGGUGAGUUUCCCAAUCUCAUGGGUGCAUUUAGGUCGAGUGUAUUUGGGAAAUACAUUGAUGUUGAGUUCAUCCCUGUUCCAUUACAUUUGUGGUCAAUCGUGUCUAGAUUAGCCAAAAUUGAUAUUGAAUCGGAGGCAUGGUUUGUCGUGAAGGGAGUUCCAGUACGCUACUCUCUCACAGAAUUUGCUCUAAUCAGCGGGCUUACCUGCAGCGCCCUUGCUAGCAAUUAUGAAAAUGAUUUUGAUAAUGAUUCAAAGGCCAGAUUCAUUGAGAAGAAUUUUGAUCAAGAUUUUGAGGGAGUUGUUAGCUAUGAAACAGUUGUAGCUAGAUUUGUACAAUUGUGCACAACUUUGAAGGACCCUGAAGCUGAGGACGAACUGAAAAAGGAUGCUGAAGUAGAAGUGAUCAGAGUAGCAAUACUCAUGUUUGUAGUGAUGGUCCUUCUAGCUCCUUCUAAGAGAAAAGCUCCCAUUCCUGAAUGGAUAAUUGGGAAAAUAGGGGGAAAAGAAGAAAACGAGUUCCCAUGGGGUACGUGGGCGUAUAAGGGCUCAUUAGAUGCAUUGAAACAUAUGGACUUGGAGAAAAAGCUAGAUGAAAUAAUUGCUAAAAAUAAGUCAGCAACAAUGAAUUUCCCUGGAUUCUUAAUCCCAAUUUCGAUAUUGCUUUUUGAAUGCGCCCCUGAUUUUGCCGAGAAGUUUGCAAUGAGACUCCCUAAUUGUGUGCCUACUUUGCCGAGGUUACGUCUCUAUCGUCCAAAUACGACAAAAAGGAUCAGCACUGAACAGGUUCAAGUGGCUGAAGAAUCAAUAAAGAGGGUGCAGAGUAUUCUACUACCUGAUGAUUUGGAGAAAACUACUGAUUGGGUCAGAAGUUUGGAUCCUGUACAAGACAGUCACCCACAUGUUGAGCUGGAUGGAUUUGUGAAAUCAUUAGAGAGAAAAUUGGUUCUUUUUCCAGUCUCUUUGAAAAGAAAAUCAUGUGAGGUCAAGAGUCCUAAAGAGGAGAAGAAGCCUCCUAAAAAGAUGAAGUUGCUGAGCAUGAAGAAAGAAGAAGUUGUAGUGGAGGAAAAAAGAAAGAAGAAAAAGAGACACUCUCCUCCUCAAACCCCUAUUGCCUCUCCUCAACCUACUGCCCAUGUAGAGGAACAAAGAAAGAAAAAGAAACACUCCCCCAAAACCCCUGCUGCUUCUCCUAAGCCUCCUUCCAAUGAAGAUUCAAUAAAAAUGUAUAUUGAACAAAAGUUUAAAGAACUGGAGGAUCUUUCAGAAAAAAGGCUCAAUUCUUUCAAAGAGCAUUAUGACAAAAAGUUUCUGGAGUUGGAGAAACGGUCAGAAGAGAGGCACAAGAAACUUGAAGAGUUACUUGUUAAGGUUUGUCUUAAUUCUAUAGCAAGAUAAACCUUUAAAACUUGAGCUUCAAUAAUUAGUUAUAAUUUUUUCCUUAUAUAGUCCACUGCUAGAGGAGAGGAGAAAAGUGUUGAGGGGGCUGAGCAUAAAAAGGAG